GUUGAGAAAAUGCUGGAGGAGGCAAAAAAAGCACGACGAGCUCGGCGAGCCGGAGCUGUCGAUCAUGAACAAGCCGGCCCAGUCGCUGUGCAUCUGUCUGAUCAUCACCGCCUCGGUCGUCCUAAACAUUUGCGUCAUUCAGAACAUCUACCAUAAUGACCUAAAGCUGAAAACCGUCCAUUUUCUGCUCAUUAAGAAUCUGUGCAUCGUGGACUUGAUAGGAGCACUCUGCGUGCUGCCGGUGCCCUUGAUUACCACCAUGCAGGGUGAGUGGACGUUCGGUGAGAUCGUCUGCAGCAUCAACAGCAUCAUCAACGUGCUCCUCUGGCUCCAGCAUAUCAUCAUGUUCAUCAUGCUGAAGAUUGACAGAGUGCUGGCUUCGUGUUUACCGAUCGGUAAGUAUCCUCUCUUCCCCAUCCACUUAAUAAGCUUCAUUGUGAUGCUGUCCUGGGUCUUCUCCUUCAGCGUGGCUGUCUUCGUCACCACCGGCUUCAACGCGUUUUUCGAGCCGGCCAUUAUUCUGUGCAUCCCCAAACUGCCCUCCGUCUUCUUCAUCUUCAUCCUGGUCAUCUACUGCUUGGCGCUCUUCACCAUCAUCGUCGGCUACGUGCUGGUGGCCAUCUUCCUGCGGCGGAAGCAGGUGGCGGCGGCCAACGCCACGAGCGUGCACAUCCUCGACUACCGCGGCUUAGAGCGCACGGCCAUGGCGUCCUUUCUCAUCACGCUCAGCCACCUGGUGCUGUACAUUCCGACGCUGCUGGUGAUCGGCCUCCACGGCUGGAUCCUGCCGCCCCAUCGGCAUCCUCGUCUGCGACAUGAUCGUCUACUCCGAGUUCUUCAUCCACCCUCGUCAUCCUGCUGGCCACGUCAACGCGGCAUGCGCAAGGAGGUGCGCAUGACGCUGCGCCGGCUGCGUCAUUGUGUGACGCGCCGGUAG